AUGAAAUAUCAAGAAAAUGAUGGCAUAAGACAAUAUCAAACAGAUGACUUUUAUAAUUAUCUCUCUCAAACACGUCAUAAGCGUAAUGCAAGACAAGAACUUUUAUGUGUUGCUGUAACUGUGGCUGAUAUUUAUCUCAACGAAAUUUGGGAUUUUGUUUAUGGACAAGCACAAGCAAUAGAUGGUGUCGGUGUUUAUUCAUUUGCACGUCUUGAUCCAUUAUUUUCUGCAUCACUACAAACAUUACUCUCAUUUUCAUUAACUGAUGGACAUCGUGUAAUAAUACUUCGACGUUGUGUAAAAAUUCUUCUACAUGAAUUAGGUCAUUUAUUUGGUUUAAAACAUUGCAUCUAUUAUAUUUGUCUGAUGAAUGGUGCAAAUAAUGAAAUCGAAAUGGAUCGGCAACCUUUAUAUUUAUGUCCUGUUUGUUUACGUAAACUUUAUUCAACACUUCAAUUUAAUGUUCGAGAUGUGUAUGAAAAAUUUCUCAACCUAUGUGAAAAAUACGGACUUGAAGAAGAACGAAUAUGGUAUCAGAAACACCUAAAUUGUAUUCAAGAUACAAACAAAUAA